UCGGCGCGGUCUGUGGCGGCGUUAAGGAGAGCGGCCGCCGCCAUGAUAGAACAGCAGAAGCGCAAGGGUCCGGAGUUGCCGCUGGUUCCGGUCAAGCGGCAGCGGCAUGAGUUGCUGUUGGGAGCCACGGGGUCGGGCCCCGGAGCAGGGCAGCAGCAGGCGGCUCCUGGAGCUUUGCUGCAGGCGGGCCCUCCCAGGUGUUCCUCCCUUCAAGCCCCAAUCAUGCUUCUCUCGGGACAUGAAGGGGAAGUGUACUGCUGCAAGUUUCACCCCAAUGGAUCCACCUUAGCGUCUGCAGGAUUUGACCGACUAAUACUGCUGUGGAAUGUCUAUGGUGACUGUGAUAACUAUGCUACGUUGAAGGGACACAGCGGAGCAGUGAUGGAACUGCAUUAUAACACAGAUGGCAGUAUGCUCUUCUCAGCAUCCACAGAUAAAACUGUGGCCGUGUGGGAUAGUGAAACAGGCGAGAGGGUUAAAAGGCUGAAGGGACAUACUUCCUUUGUGAACUCGUGUUAUCCGGCCAGGAGGGGCCCCCAGCUUGUCUGCACUGGCAGUGACGAUGGCACAGUGAAGCUUUGGGACAUCCGAAAGAAAGCAGCCAUCCAGACAUUUCAGAACACCUACCAGGUGUUAGCUGUGACCUUCAACGACACAAGUGAUCAGAUUAUUUCUGGUGGUAUAGACAACGAUAUCAAGGUCUGGGACCUGCGCCAAAACAAGCUGACCUAUACCAUGAGAGGCCAUGCAGAUUCAGUGACUGGCCUGAGUUUAAGCUCUGAAGGCUCUUACCUUUUGUCCAAUGCAAUGGACAAUACAGUCCGGGUCUGGGAUGUCCGGCCAUUUGCUCCCAAAGAGAGAUGUGUGAAGAUAUUUCAAGGAAAUGUGCACAACUUCGAAAAGAAUCUUCUGAGAUGUUCUUGGUCACCUGAUGGAAGCAAGAUAGCAGCUGGCUCAGCCGACAGGUUUGUGUACGUGUGGGAUACCACAAGCAGGAGGAUUUUAUAUAAGCUGCCCGGCCAUGCUGGCUCCAUCAAUGAAGUGGCUUUCCACCCCGACGAGCCCAUCAUUCUCUCAGCAUCCAGUGACAAGAGACUGUAUAUGGGGGAGAUUCAGUGAAGAUACGGAGUGGAAGACUCCAAGGCUGCUUGACCUGGAGGCCUCAGACUGCGUAAGUGGCAUCAGAUGGUGCCCGGGCCAGCAUCUUCCCUUCAGAUGAAGCCUGUUACUAGCCAACACUGAGGAGGUGGCCGUGUUCCAACCACCACAUGUCUCCCAUUUCACCAGGGUGACUAAGGCAAGCUUCCAGUGGCCUCUCAACACCACCUGCCAGAUUUCAGGGACUGUUUGGUUUUUUCGUUGUUUUUUUUUUUAAAUGAGUUUUCUUCAAAAGGACAGACAUUGGUUGGUUCGUAAUUUCCUGUUUUCUAAUCCAGGCCAAAGACAGGGAAUGUGACUGAAAUUUGUUUGAUGGGGAUUUUUUAUUUUUAAUUCAAUAACUGGCUUGUAUGAUAUUUUCUUUCUGUAUUUCUCUGAGUUAUUUUGUAUUAAAAGCCAGAUAGAUGCCUUUUGACAA